ACACGGUAUAAUGAAAAGAUAGCGACUUGAUUUGGCUACGUGGCAGGUAUUGAGUCAAGUACUAUCAAAGAUUUGUUGUCAUUCGUUGUCAUUGGAAAGAUUCGAAUGAUCAUUUUGACACAAAGUGAAGGCAUCAUCUUUGCUAAGUGUCGAAACCAACAAUGGCCCUGAUCGUAAUUCUACAAUUUUAUUCUCAUGUUGAGUAUGUCCUCUAGUAGCAGUUUUUUAAUAGACGAUUCGCAUAAGACGAUGAGAAGAAAUUAGAACUGGCAUACUGAAUGCCUGUUAGGGCAAGCAUUUGCAAUGAGCAAUCAAAGCAACGUGACGGCUUUUACCACAUGGGAGGUUUUAACAGCUGCUACUUCAGUCAUCGGCAUAGUUUCCCUUCUAGCAAUAUUCGCAAAUUCUUGCGUUCUAUAUGCAUUUGUUACAAGCAAAAAACUACAAAGGACACCUUGUAAUUACUUUGCAGUCAAUCUAGCCCUCAGCGAAUAUGCAUCGUUCUUGGACCAAUGUCUCUUUGGCUUGUCAAUGUUUGGUACAACUACGAAUUCUUUGUAUUCAGCGGGGAUAAAAUCAUUCCAGACUCGGCAGAGACUUACUACUCAGCAUUUUGGAACCUUCUGGACGCCACGUUGAUGUGUGUUUCUGUAAGCAACUUGGCGGUUCUUUCAGUGGAGAGGUACCUUGCACUAGAGAUGCCAAUUUGGCAUCGGACGAAGGUAACACGACGGCGGACGCAACUAGCCUGCCUAUUUCCGUGGAUUUUCUCGAUAAUAGUAAUGGCGCCUUCUCUUGCAAAUGAAAAUAACCGCAUCAAAAGGUACAUACACAAGGCAGCACCAGUUCUAAUAUCAUGCUUUGUGGUAAUCACGUCGUAUGCUUUGUUACUGUAUGCAGUUCACGCAAAAAGGCGCCAAAAGUCUACAAAAAGUAAUAGAGAAAAGCUAAGAAGGAAACGAGAGAUUUUGCUGACAUUUCGUUUAUCUCUCCUAACUGUUGUCUUUUUGAUUUGCUGGGUUCCGGUAACAAUAUUUUUGGUAUGGUCAGCUAGUGACGGGAACUCCCAGAGUCUAACAAUCAAAACAUAUCUUAUCCUGGCACCGACCUUAAAACUGUUGUCUUACUUAAACUCCCUUUUCAACCCCUUUUUAUACAUAUUCGGUAGACCAGCGUUUGCAAGAAUCUUAAAAAGUAAAUUGUGCUGCAAACAAACAAACAUAGCUGAGCAAGCAUCAUCAAGUGUUUCGCAUAUUUCGAGGCAAAAAUCGAGAAGCGCUUGCAAUCUGAACAUAGCAACGGAAACAAGGUUGUAGCAAAUACAAAAUGGUGUAGGUCUAAGAAGAUAUGAGCUUUUAACGAUGCUAUGGUUCAAAACAAACUGAAGGGGAGAAAAUGUAACGCGCGAAUCAAGCUCUGCCUCAGUUUUAUUAGGAGGCAUGCUCAAGUGACAAAACAUUAUAACAGCAGCUAUUCAAAAGGUGCAUCUUUCAGGAUAAUAUGUUAUCUGUUAAUGUAUUCACAACUGCUUUCCUAAAGUAUCUACAAGGUACACAGAGCCCAAGAACCUCGACGCAGGAUUAUGAUGGAUAUCAAAAAUUGGACAAA